AUGGCAGGUGGUUUAGAAAACGCUUGCAAAGAGAUAAAGAGAAUAUCGCUAGAGGACCACGCGGAAUCUGAAUAUGGGUCCAUUUACUCUGUUUCUGGUCCGGUUGUUGUGGCAGAAAACAUGAUUGGUUGUGCAAUGUACGAACUGGUGAAGGUUGGUCACGAUAAUUUGGUUGGUGAAGUUAUCAGAAUCGAUGGUGACAAGGCGACCAUCCAAGUUUACGAAGAAACCGCCGGUGUUACUGUCGGUGAUCCUGUGUUGAGAACAGGUAAGCCUUUGUCUGUGGAGUUGGGUCCAGGUUUGAUGGAGACCAUUUAUGAUGGUAUUCAAAGACCUUUGAAGGCUAUCAAGGAUAUUUCGCAGUCCAUUUACAUUCCAAGGGGUAUUGAUGCUCCUGCACUAAACAGGGAAGUCAAGUGGCAAUUCAAGCCAGGCAAAUUCAAGGUUGGUGAUCACAUCUCAGGUGGUGACAUCUUUGGCUCCAUUUUUGAAAACUCCUUGUUGGAAGACCAUAAGAUUUUAUUGCCUCCAAGAGCCAGAGGUACCAUCACCUGGAUCGCCAGUGAAGGUGAGUACACUAUUGACGAAAAAGUUCUUGAAGUCACUUUCGACGAUGUCAAGUAUGAGUACACCAUGUACCACACCUGGCCUGUUCGUGUACCCAGACCAGUUACUGAAAAGCUAUCUGCGGACUACCCUCUAUUGACAGGUCAGAGAGUGUUGGAUGCUUUGUUUCCAGUCGUGCAAGGUGGUACUACAUGUAUUCCAGGUGCUUUCGGUUGUGGUAAGACAGUUAUUUCUCAAUCAUUGUCAAAGUACUCCAACUCCGAUGCUAUUAUCUAUGUGGGUUGUGGUGAGCGUGGUAACGAAAUGGCCGAAGUAUUGAUGGAAUUCCCAGAAUUGUUCAUUGAAAGAAACGGCAAGAAAGAACCAAUUAUGAAGCGUACCACUUUGGUUGCAAACACUUCUAACAUGCCUGUGGCUGCCAGAGAAGCUUCUAUUUACACCGGUAUUACUUUGGCUGAAUAUUUCAGAGAUCAAGGUAAGGAUGUUGCUAUGAUUGCUGACUCCUCUUCUAGAUGGGCCGAAGCCUUGAGAGAAAUUUCCGGUCGUUUGGGUGAAAUGCCUGCUGAUCAAGGUUUCCCAGCUUAUUUGGGUGCCAAGUUGGCCUCCUUCUACGAGAGAGCUGGUAAGGCCGUCGCCUUGGGUUCUCCAGACCGUGUUGGUUCCGUUUCGAUUGUCGCCGCUGUGUCUCCAGCAGGUGGUGAUUUCUCUGACCCUGUUACCACUGCUACUUUGGGUAUCACUCAAGUAUUUUGGGGUCUGGACAAGAAGCUUGCUCAAAGAAAGCAUUUCCCAUCUAUUAACACUUCGGUUUCUUACUCUAAAUACACCAACGUGUUGAACAAGUAUUACGAGGGCAACUAUCCAGAGUUCCCAAGUUUGAGAGAUCGCAUCAAAGAAAUUUUGUCCAAUGCCGAAGAACUAGAACAAGUUGUUCAGUUGGUUGGUAAGUCUGCUUUGUCUGACAGCGACAAGAUUACUCUAGAUGUCGCCACUUUGAUCAAGGAAGAUUUCCUACAACAAAACGGGUAUUCUACCUACGACGCAUUCUGCCCAAUUUGGAAGACUUUCGAUAUGAUGAGAGCUUUUGUUUCCUAUUAUGACGAGGCUCAAAAGAGUGUUGCCAAUGGUGCUAACUGGACCAAGUUGUCCGAAGCUACCAGUGAUGUUAGACAUAGUGUGUCUUCAUCCAAGUUUUUGGAACCUAGUAGAGGUGAGAAGGAAGUGCACGGUGAAUUUGAAAAGUUGUUGACCAACAUCCAGGAGAGGUUUGCCGAGUCGACCGAUUAA